AUGGAGAAGCGGGCACGAGUGGAUGCUGCAGGCGAUCACCGAUGGACGGAACUGCAAGAAUUGUUCGUAUCGGAGGCGCGUGACAAGGAGGCCGACGUUCUUUUCCUUGGCGAUGACCACGUCGCGUUUUUGGAGCAGUCACUGUUUUUCCGGGAGCAUUUAGCGCCGUUGCAUUGCCUUUGCUUUGGUGCGUUCGGCGACACAAUUUCGAAUUUGCUGUGGAGGCUCGAGAGUAACAUACUGGAUGAUCUCAACCCGAAGGUAAUCGUUGUGAGUAUUGGCAACUCGGAUUUCCAUCUCUCGAAGGAGGAAAUGCUGGAUGCGCUGAAGCUUGUUGCUGCAACAGUCCGAAAGCGGAAACCAACCGCAAAACUCUUCCUCAUGAAACUUCUUCCGUCGGGAAGAAGACCCAGCAAAAGGCGUGAAUUAGUGAACGAUGUCAAUGAAAGUUUGGAAGGCGCACUGAAAGGAGUUGCGGAUGUGAUCGAUGUGGACCCUUCGAUACAAAGCACCGAUGGGCAUAUCGACUCACACUAUAUGUUCGAUUUUGUUCAUCUUACCCAAGAGGGCUAUCGUAAAAUUUAUGAACCGGUUUUAAUCGCUGUAAGCUCCGCACUCAAUCCGGAUUUGUGA